AUGAUCGGACAAGUUUUGAACGGGAAGUAUAAAGUCCUUCGCGAGCUGAAAGAAGCUAGGGAAGGAAAGGUUUACUAUGUCGUCCAGGACCAAGAAAAUGAUCAUGAAUACGUUGUGAAAUUGUUUGACAACUUCAAGUUUACCGCUCCAAAUGGACUUCAACACCAUGCUUUGAUUCUUGAAUACAUGCCUGGUGGAGAUUUGGCCCAGUUUUUCGAGAAAAUGCUCAACAAUGAAGGGGGUGAGCAGGAGCUGCCUUGGGCUCAAAACGAUGCCUUACGGAUCUCAGCCCAGCUGGUUCUUGCUUUGAACUACAUUCAUGGUAAAAACAUCAUGCACCGAGAUAUCAAACCGGAGAAUAUUCUCAUGUCCGCAGAUGGACAACAGGUGAAAAUUGCUGAUUUCAACAUUUCCCGCACUGCAACAGAAACGUUCUAUACAGGCGUCGCUGGAUCAAUGGACUACUUGGCCCCUGAAUUGGUCAAAACCCAGGGAAAUUCACCAACCUCAUUUUGCCAGGAUAUUUGGGCAGUUGGAGUCAUUUUUCAAAUGCUGUGCACCUUCAGGAUUGAUUUGACAAUACUGCUAAAAAACAGAUAA